AUGAGUUCAUCAUCAUCAUCAACCUCAUCCUCAUUCAUUCUCCCAGAUAGCCCACCAGCACAUGAGCGUAUCCUCAACUACUGGCAACAGAAAGCUGCCCUCGCUGCCGAUGCAUCCGCUGCUGCACCUGCUCCUUCUCCACUCACAGUGGAACCACCAUCACCGGGGGAGAUCGUGCUGGGUGACAGUCCAGUUCAACACUUGGCUCCACCUGCUACCUGGGCACCGCGACAUGCGGUGCUAACAAUGCUGAGCAACAACAACAUGAAGCAGAAGCAGGGGAAGAGGAGGUUGGUGUUUGACGAGCCUGAGGUUAGCGGGGAUGAGGACGAGACAAUCUUCUCACAAACAAAGAAACGUGCUGCAGUGGAGGACGGCUCAUCACUUGUCCCCCUGAUGAAGGAAGUGCAGAGAGCAGAGGAGGUGGAGGAUGAGUAGGGGGAGAUGGACUUU